UCAUCCCUAGACAAUUCACAAGUAGAAGAAACAAGGUAAAGAAGGUUAGUGUCAUAGUGUGAGAGAAGCAAAAGGUUAGUUCCACCAUCACACUCACUGUUGGAUCUUCUGCUCCAUUUCCUUCAUCAGUUUCUCCAACCCUACUGUUCCUGAAUCCAUUGUUCUCUGUUCCAUUUCCUUCUUCCAGGCAAAAUGCAGAAUCUGGAUGCAAAUCAGCUUCCUGAAGUGGAUGCAUUGCCUGAUGGGUUUGUUGAGAGCGCUAGUGAACCUGUUGCUCCUGCAACUCCGACUUUGGAACAAGAGAAACUCCCGAGUGGUUACAAGGAGGAUGGUUCCUCAGACCGAAGUCAUUCUAAUGAAUUAUCAAAUGAUUUGGGAACAAAUGAGUUUCAAGACAAUAAUGCAUGUACUUUCGAUGCCGCAGAGUUCUCAGUAGGGGUUCCCUGUAAUAGCAGUAUGCAACAGACAGAAGGUGCACAGAAUGCAUCUCCUCUAGCUGCUUCUGUUUCUGAGUCUCCACUAUCCGGAUGCUGUGAGGAAAAAGUGCAACAAGGAGAAUGUGAAACUUCAGAUAUAUCAAAACAACCUUUGGAGACAAAAGCAUUGCCUACAAAGGAUGCAUGUGCAACUGGGGCGGUUGGUUCUUCAAAUAACAAAAAACCAGAAACUGGUGAAAAGCGUAAGAGUACAAAGCGUAAUCUUAAAUCUGAGAAGGAGCUUUUAGAAUUUUCACUGAAGUAUCAACAAGUGUUGGCUGAAAGAGAUUCAGCUCUUGCUGUCAGAAAUAAGCUCGAGUCAUUGUGUAGGGAGUUGCAGCGUCAAAAUAAAAUGCUUAUGGAAGAAUGCAAACGUGUAUCAACUGAGGGGCAAAACUUAAGGAUGGACUUGUCAGCCAAAUUUCAAGAUGCUAUCAAGGAUGUGAGCAGUAAGCUUGAAGAACGAAAGGACGACUGUCUUUCUCAGAUAAAGGAGAAUGAAAUGUUAAGAAACAAACUAAAGCAGCUAGCUGAUCAAUACGAAUUAUCUGAGCAGCAACAUGCCCAGAAGUUGAAGCAAAAGUCAUUGGAACUACAGAUUGCUGAUUUAAAAAUUAAGCAACAUGAGGAAAAAUUGGUUCAGGAACAAUCCCAGAUGAAGUUGUAUGCAGAACAAGUAUCUCAGUUAUUAGCAACUGAGAAGAAUUUACGUAUACAGCUAACAACUGAUGGAGAGAAAUUUCAACAAUUCCAGGAAGCAUUGUCAAAGAGCAAUGAGGUUUUUGAAACAUUCAAACAUGAAAUUGAGAAGAUGGCGAAAUCAAUGAAGGAACUCAAGAAGGAGAAUCAAUUCUUGAAGAGUAAAUCAGAGAAGUCUGAUGUUACGCUUAUAGAGUUGGCUGAUGAGCGCGAGCGCUUGAAGAAACAGCUGGAGAAAACAAAAAAUCAGAAAGAAAAACUGGAAUCUUUAUGCCGGUCACUUCAGGCAGAGAGGAAGCAAAAUUCCUCUGAGAACAAGAACAAUAACUCAGUUCCAGUAUGAGGAACAUCUGGUUCCAACGAAAUGUAUCUUUCUAAUACCUUGUUUAUAUGUGGCCUAGUAGCAAUGGUUUGUUUUGUCACAGAACCUGCAUGCAAUUUACAUAAGUGUAUUCCUUUGCUAUAUUAAUAUCUCAUCUACUUAAAGGUCUUAAAACAGGGCAGAGCAUCUAUUUUGUUCAUCUUAUGCUAUUGUUUUUGUGGUGCUAGUAGACUCUAGGAAACACAUUUUACCCCUUUCCUUUUAUUGCUUUUCAUGAACUCUAGAAUAUCUUAUGUUGUUUUCUAAUUUUCUUUUUGGAUCUUCUGACACAUCAAGUUUGUUUUUUCUUCCAUAUGAUAAGGAUACUAAGCACUUGUGGACUA